AUGACGUCCAUGGUAUCCGAGUCCGUCGCCACCAUUCUCUGCACGUCAAAGCAGACGCGUUUCCAUAUUGACACGGCAAACUACCGAGAACUCGAUAUCGCCGGUGUCAACAUCACCAUUGUCGGCGGCUCCAAACCGGGCGCAUCCGCCAAGGGCAAGUCCAAGGCUCGCAGCGAAGGCCUCGAGAUUCUGUCGGGCGCCAAAUUGCGUCUGAAAGAGGGCCACAGAUAUGCCCUCGUAGGCCGAAACGGAACAGGAAAAUCCACUCUCCUCAAGGCCAUUGCGGAGAAGCUCAUCCCAGGUAUUCCAGAAGACUGCAGGAUUGCCAUCCUGCAGCAGACCAAGCUCAAUGAUGGAGAGUCGCCAAAAGAUGAGAAUUCGACAAAAGGGAUGAAUACGCGACAGGAGGUCAUUGAACGGGCUACUUCUCGCAGCACCAUCGAGCAGGACAUUCAGUUCCUAUCUGAUGGGAUCAAUUCAACGGAUCCUCUCGCGCCGGUGCGGGCUGUCCGCAGUCUAAAUCAUCAUCGUCUACAAAAGCGUCACUUUCUGCUCGACAAGGACGCCAGGCUUCGCAGCGGCGCUCGUGGCAUGGCUGCCAGGAAGGCCCUUGUCGCGAUUGAAAAGGUCGUGGCCGAGUCACAAGAACAAGUAGACCAGCCUCCAGAGGAAAUUACUCCUGAGAUACUGCAGAAGGAAACGCAAGAGGCUGCCGACAUGCUCGCUGACUUGCAAAUGCAAGUUGAACCAAGCCGCGUAAGCGAAAUUGAAACAAAGGCUAGGCGUAUCCUCACUGGCCUCGGAUUCACCGAAGCCAUCAUGGAAAAACCACUGUCCAGUCUUUCGGGCGGUUGGCAUAUGCGGGCCAGCCUCGCUACGGUUCUCCUCCAAGAGGCCGAUAUUCUGAUUCUCGAUGAACCUACCAAUUUCUUGGAUCUACUGGGCAUCAUUUGGUUGCAGAAAUACUUGGAAUCUUUGGAAGACACGGACAAGCCGCCCACGCUGAUUGUCGUCUCUCACGACCGCGACUUUAUCACGCUGUGCACCGAUCUGCUCAUUCUCCGAGACAAGGAUCUCACCUACUUCCACGGCAACCUUGCCACUUUUGAAGCGUCCCAGGCCGAGCGAAAGGAGCACCUGACCAAGAUGAAGGAGGCCCAGGACAAGCAAAAGGCGCACAUUGAAAAGACUAUUGCGCAAAACAUGAAGGCUGGGCGACAAAACGACGACCAGAACAAGAUUCGGCAGGCCAAAUCCCGCCAGAAGAAGCUCGACGAUCGCUGGGGCAUGCAGGUCAAUGCCAAGGGCCACCGUUUCCGACUCAACGACCAAGCCGGCUUCUUUCACAGCUCGCAUCAAGCGAUCGACAUUCCGGUCGAUGAGCGCCAGGUGGUGCUGACGCUUCCCACGCCACCCGACCUGCGCUUCCCUGGCUCGCUGAUUUCCAUGGACAAGGUGAGCUUCCGCUACGCUCGCACCUCACCCCUCAUCAUCAACGACAUCAACUUGACGGUCGGCAUGGGCGACCGCAUUGGCAUUCUGGGGCUCAACGGCGCGGGUAAGUCGACGCUUAUCAAGCUGCUUGUCGAGGAGGCGCGCCCCACGACGGGCAGCAUGACAACGCAUCCGCGCCUCCGGAUGAGCUACUACUCGCAGAACGCCGUCGACGCGCUCAAGGAGCUCGGGCGGGCCGAGGGGCCGUCACUCACGGCGCUGGCGCUGCUGAUGCGCGAGGUCGACGGGCAGCUGGCCGAGGGUGAAGUGCGCGGCCUACUGGGCGAGCUGGGCCUGCCGGGCCGGUUCGCAUCUGACGUGCCCGUGGCCCGGCUGUCGGGCGGGCAGCUCGUACGCUGCGAGCUCGCACGGUUGCUGUGGCGCCGCCCGCAGUGCCUGGUGCUCGAUGAGAUCACGACGCACCUCGAUUACGAGACGGUCACGGCGCUGCGUAGUGCGCUGAAGCGGUGGGAGGGUGCCGUCGUGCUGGUAAGCCACGAUCGGUGGUUCGUGCGUGGCGUGGUGGAUGGCGUGGUGGAAGAAGAUCAGCAAGACGAAGAGGGCGAUGAGGGCGAAGGAAGCGCCGACGGGGACGUGCCCUUUCGCAGGCGUGUGCUGUACAGACUGAAGGGCGGUGAGAUGACGGUGCUCAAGAAUGGAGUGGAUGAGUUUGAAAAGAUCAUGGAGAAGCGUGUCAAGAAGCUCCUCGCGGCGUAA